AUGACUAGCUGUGUCGUUCUUGGGGACCCUGUUAUCCAUGACAUUCUUAUCAACCUAUCAAGAGACGAUACCAUUUCGAUCAAGAACGCCUUAGGUCAAACUUUGAAAGACUUCUCCGUCGGCGAGGAGCGCAAAUACCAGCCUGACGCAAGCGUUGUAAUCCGUCCCAAUGGGGUCAAGACUUUGUUCCGUCCCUUCACAUCACCAACCAACGUUGGCAUCAAGAUUACCGUUGAUCCUACGACUUCACCGUCUUACCGGUCGGCUGUCAAAAAACCAACCAUACAUGGUAUAGUGGCUCUUUGUGAUGAAGAAGGUAACCCAAGGGGUAUUCUUAAUGGAGAUGAGUUGACAGGAUACCGAACGCCUUUAAAUGUUAUGGUAUCCUACUUCUACCGCAAGACAACAUCAAAUGUUGUCAUCUUUGGCGCAGGAAAGCAAGCCCUCUGGCAUUUGCGUCUGGCGCUCAGAUUGAGAGGAGAAGAUAUAAUGAAUGUUACUAUCGUCAAGCGCAAUAACGAGGGUCUCUCCGAGAUGAUCAAACAAAUAUCAUCUGAGAAUGACUCGCUGUGGAAUUCGCCUGCCCAAUUUCAAGGCAUCAAUAUUGAAGAUUCAGACUCUGAGUCCAGACUCAAGACCGUAAUCACAAACGCAGAUGUCAUUUUUUGCACAACCCCCUCCAAGAAAGCCUUAUUCCCUGCCGAGUGGCUUCUACCGAGACUCAGGGAAGGCCGGGGUCUAUACCUGUCUGCAGUAGGAUCUUGGCAACCGGAUAUGCUCGAGAUUGAUCCCAUCAUAUUGAAUGAGGUUGUCUCUACAUCUGGAUAUAACCCCAGUGGUGGACCUGGUGGUGUUUUGUUAGUCGACGACCGCGAGAUUGCACAAAAGAGCACGGGAGAGUUUACCAACAGCAAAGUCAAGGCCGAUCAGAUCAUUGAGAUCGGGGAGGUCCUUCAAUGGAAGGAGACUUGGGAAACAGAUAAGCAGCGACAUUUGAACAAUUGGCUUGAGGAGGGUUUUGUUGUGUAUAAAACUGGCAGAGAAGUAUGGGAAGGGCAUUACGAUUGGCAACUUCUCCUCCAGGCUGUAAAAGCAGUUUCAAUGGACAAUAUUCCAAAAGAGUACAAAGUAUACAAUACCUUCCUCUACCAGAUUCAGCAGGGGAGGUUUGACGUCAAUGUUGGUGGAUUUGAACUCGUCAAUAUGGCACUGUAUUGA